AUGUCCAGUGCUCAAGCUCCCCAGCAGGAUCCUCACCCCCAAGAAUCAGACAUUGAGCCCAACAAAAUCUCAAGACUAGCGGUUAAUACUAGCAACAAUGUAAACACCAUUGAUAACCCAGCUCCAGAAGAAGAAUCCAACAAGAGACUCACCACUCUUCCUGACAAUGUGAUGAUAGAAAUGGCUGAGAUGGAGCUUGAUGCCCUGCGCGAACAAGAGGCUCUCUAUGCGACGGUCAAACGGCUCCCCACGUACCUGAAGGCAGAAAUGAACCAGCUUGCCGCAGCCCAUAAGAUCCAGGGCAUGUUAAUUGUUGCAUCUGCUUGGUCUUCUGGCAACUUAUUUGUUCAGGUUGGCACCGAGCUUGGCCAGAACUUCCUCGGCAUGCUCAUGGCAGGCAGCAAUCCACUGGCAAAGUUUCAUACCUACGUUGCUGGUAUGGCUGCUGUUGAGGAGAUCUCAACUGGAGGUGACCCAGCGGCUACUGAAGGCAAAUCUGACAAACGCAAAGCUAAUGUCAUUGAAGAGACACACAAAGAAGACGAUCCAGCCCAGGUACCACCCAAGUAUUGCCUCACACCCCUUCGCAACAACAAGAAGCUUAUUAGUAAUCAACUCGCCAAAGUUCAGUUAAAAGUCAAGCAAAACCCCACCCAAUUUCAGGCAAAAGAAUUGUGGCAACCUGUCAACACAAUGUUGAUCAACCCCUUGCAAAGGAUAAUUCAAGCUUUUGGAAAAGGAUGGAUCUUGUUUGAAUACAAACCCGAAGGCGUGGACAACACCCUCAAGAGCAAUUCAGAAAAUCCCCCUCCACCAAAAAAAUCCCGACUCAAAUCUUCUAGAAAGAAAACAAGAGGUGGUAAAAGCCGCCAAUCUCUUGAAGAUGAGAGCUCUGCCUCCGAUUCCGGCUCAGAGUCAAAUGACGACAACAUUACUGGUCUUCUUGAUAGUGGUGAAGACAACAAUGAAGGUGAUAAUAGCAAUGACGAGUUCAAUGAAUAA